GUAAAUGAGCGGGUCAAUAAUCAGCUAAAACUUGAGUGGAUUUGAUCGAGUUAUGAUUUCAUAGGCUAAUUUUGUCGCGUUUGAUUAUAGGUUUUUCAAGGCAAGAUGGAUAUCGAAGAGGAGAUUAUCGCGUAAAAAGAAGGUAAUUAGGGUUCUUAGACACCAACAACUUGUACAAAUUCCAUCUUCUGAAGUAGUGGUUGGUGAUAUUGUGUUGUUGGAAUGUGGUGAUCAUGUCCCAGCUGAUGGAAUUUUAAUUCAAGGUAACUCGUACAAGUUCGAUGAUGGUAGUACUAGUCAUCAUGAUUUAGUACUACCACGUGAACAGUUGCAUCAUGUCUUGUUUAAUCAUACAAAAUUAGUGGAAGGAAGUUGUCAGUUACUAGUAACUGCAGUUGGUGAAAAUAAAGAGAGAAUCAAGUUGAUGAAGUGUGUAACAAGUUUCCAAAAUAAUGGUCAUGAGUGUUACUCAAAGAUUCAAAAAUCGAUUGAUGAAAUGAGCUCAUUCUUGGAUAAAUUAUCCUUGAGUCUCUCUUUGAUCAUUCUUGUAGUUGAAGUUUUUCGAUGUUUCUUGUGGAACAAGUCAUGGUGUUGUGAUAAAAAUCGCGAUCCUAAAGGUGUGAAGAACACGAUGGAGGAGAUAAUGAACGAGGCCACGAAAUACAUGAGGAGGAAGAGAGGUGAAAAUUAUGGUACCAAUAAGGUUAAUGGCUUUGUAGCUAUGGUUUGUAUUUUGGUGUUUUCAUUAAAAGAUGGAUUAUCUUUAGGGAUGUUUAUUGUUCUUUUAUAUGCAUCUAAAGAUGUGAAAAAGAAUGAUCAAAUCAUAGUUCAUAAUCUUCCAUCUUGUGCUAAUGGAGCUCUUGUUACCACUUUGUGCCUUAGUAAAACAUCUCAUUUUGUUGUGAAUCAUUCAACUUUGGUGGAUUUAUGGAUUGGCUUCGAGAAAAUCAAUGACUUAUCUGUAUUCAGUGGCGGAGCUAGAGAUUUUACUGAGGAAGUCCGGAAUACAUUACUUGAAGGAAUUUUUAUGAAUAUAAUUGGUCAUGUUGAUGAGGAUGCACUUCUUAUUUGGGCUGAGAAAUUGUUUGGUGAAAAUAUUGAACAAUUUCAUGGAAAUUGUAGCAUUUUAAACCGUGAAAAUUAUUAUCCCAACAAAGGAUUAUGUGGGGUGUUAUUAAAAAGAAACAAAGAAGAAAUUGGAGAGUUUUUGCAUGUACAUUGGAAAGGAGAACCAAAGUUAGUGUUAUCCAUGUGUUCUAACUAUUAUGAUAUUAAUAAUGGUACCAUGCAAACCCUAGAUGAAGAAAAAAAAGAGUUGUUCAAUCGAAAAAUCGCGAGUAUUAUAGUAUCUAAUGGAGUUCAUUGCUAUGGUUUCGCUUAUAAACAAGUUAUAAGAUCAUCACUAGAAGAAGAGAAGGAAAAUGGUACAAUUAUCUCGAAAGAUGGCUUGAGUUUUCUAGGGAUUGUGGUAUUAAAGAAUCCGUAUUCAUCUGAGUUGAGACAAACGAUUGAAGUGUGUCGAAAAUCUGGAAUUGAGAUCAAGUUAAUGGUGGAUGAUGACUUGAAUACAUCAAGAUUAAUGGCUAUUAAUUCUGGAAUAUUAAGAAUUGAAGAAGAUUUACAAGGAUCUAUAAUUGAAGCUAUUGAAUUUAGAAAAAGUCCAAAAGAAGCUCAAAUUAAUAUGUGUCACAAAAUUAAAGUAAUGGCCAAUUGUUCUCCAGCUGAUAAAUUACUAUUGGUUAAUUGCUUGAAAAAGAGAGGUGGACACGUGGCGGCAACCGGUUCGUCUAUUAGAGAUUUACCAUCUCUAAAAGAAGCUGAUGUUGGAAUUUUUUUUGGGGAAAAUUGUGCGGACUUAGCUAAAGAAGAUGCUGAUAUUACUAUCGUUGACUCGAACUUUGGUAAGAUCCUAGCCAUAUUAAUCUUGGCCAAGUAUAUAUGCAUAAGUCUUGAGAAGUUCAUACAAUUGCAAUUGAUACUCAAUAUUUCUGCCUUCACUUCAAACUUUAUUCUUUUAUUUUUCAACCCCACAAGUGAUCAAGAUCAACAAUUGACACCAUUUCAAUUGUUGUGGGUAAAUCUACUUAUAGAAGUUUUUGGUGCCCUUUUUUUGUCCAUCAUAACAUCAACCAUAAAGCCUCGGGAAUCUAAUUCAGUUGAUCAAAUCACGUUGAAUUAUUAUGGCACGGGUGCACCUAUGGUAACCAACAACAUGUUAAGGAACAUAGUUGUUCAUUCUAUGUUACAAGUUACACUUCUAUUGAUGCUUACCAUGAAGGGGAAAUCAUUUUUUCGCGUCAACGAGGCAUUGUUGAGUACCAUGACCUUCAAUAUUUAUGUACUAUGCCAAGUUUUUUUAUUGAUCAUUAGUGCCAUUGAGAUGAUCACAAAGACAAGAAUCUCCAAAGGGAGAAAAUGGUUAUUGUUUAUAGUUAGUUGUGUAAUUAUAGGGAUUAUUAUUGUUUUACAAGUUAUACUAUUUCAGAUUAUGUCAAAAAUUGAUCAUUGGAAAAAAUUAGGAAUUAAACAAUGGUCCAUUUGUAUAGGAAUUGCAGCUAUAUCUUUGCCUAUACACUAUGCUGCAAAAAUUAUUUCUAGUCCAUGUAAAGAUUCUUAAUUUUGCUUAGGAAUUGUAUUAAUAUGUUUAUUACUUGUAAAAACUAUGUAUAGAAAUUUGU